AUGGGCAACUUUGAACCCAAGGAGCCUGAAGCCAGAAAUACUCCCUGGUGAGAUGGGGAGCCUGUAUACACUACAAUGGAAGAGCAGUCCAAAGUUUCCACCAGACUAUUCGAGAGUUUCGGCUUCAACAUGAUAGCCAGUGACAAGAUUCCUAUGGACAGAAGCAUCCCUGACACCAGGAUGGAUGAGUGCAAGUACUGGCACUACCCUACAGACUUGCCCACGGUCAGCGCCAUCCUGGUGUUCCACAACGAGGGCUGGUCCACCCUUGUCCGCUGACUGUGCAAUAGCUGGCCAUCAACAACUCCCGCCAAUCUGCUCAAGGAGGUUGUCAUGGUGGACGAUUACAGUGACAAGGAGCACCUGAAAGGCAAACUAGAGGACUAUGUGAAACAGUUCAAUGGUAAAGUGAAGCUGUCGAAUGAAGACAGAGAGGGACUGAUCCGAACUCGGACCCGAGGGGCAGAAUUGUCCACUGGGGAUGUCAUUCUGUUCCUGGAUGCCCAUUGUGAAUGUAACAGAAACUGGCUGGUUCCUCUGCUGACACGUAUCAGGCAUGACAGAACUGUGAUGGCAGUGCCAAUAGUGGAUGGAAUUGACUGGAACAACUUCCGUUACCACCCUGUCUACACCACCAACCAUCAUCGUGGUAUCUUCGAGUGGGGGUUCCUGUACAAGGAGAGCCAGGUGCCCCAGAAGGAGCUGGGCACAAGGGCAUACAACAGUGAACCCUACAAAUCCCCGACCCAUGCUGGAGGCCUGUUUGCCAUGGACAGGAAGUACUUCUUUGAAAUUGGAGCAUAUGACCCUGGUAUGCAGAUCUGGGGAGGAGAGAACUUUGAACUUUCCUUCAAGAUUUGGCAGUGUGGAGGCUCAAUAGAGUGGGUGCCAUGCGCUAGAGUGGGACAUGUCUACAGAAACCAUAUGCCUUACUCAUUUGGCAAGAUCAGUCACAAGAUACCUGUUAUCAACUUGAACUACAUGCAGAAAGUGGUGGAGGUAUGGCUGGACCCUGAGUUCCGAGAGUACUUCUACACGUACGAGCCCACUAUCCGUGGCUAUCCGGGUAAGAGUGACCUCACCAAGCAGCUGGAGUUCAAGAAGGAGAAGAAGUGAAAGAGCUUCAAGCGGUUCAUGGACAAUGUGGCAUAUGAGGUGUAUGACCGGGUCCCUCCAAUAGAGUUCAAGGAGAAGCAAGGGAACCGAUGCUGGGACACUGUGGGCCAGGGUGUGAAUGGAGGUCCCAUUGGGGUCUACUACUGUCAUCACGGGGGCGGAAACCAGCUGUAUCGCCUUAAUGCCAAGGGUCAGAUUGGGUAUGGAGGCCGAUGUAUCGAGUCUCCAAAUGGUGACACUCUCCACAUUCAUUACUGUGAUGUACAGCCUACAGGACCAUGGGACUAUGGCCGAGGA